AUGGCCUGGAAACCCCUUGCCAAAACUAUACAUCACGUCCAUUAUGGGUCGGAUAAUACAUUCUACACAUUUUCCAAAGAUCACAAGCCGUCCCUCACAGUUGACUCAGGCACCGAAGUGAGCUUUGACAAUACCCAUGCUGGAUUCGUGAACCUCACUAGAGAGUCGACCACAGCAGAUGCUGUUGCAUUAAACAUACAAUCUCCGAAAGACUUGGAGAAGCUCAUAGGGCAACUUUAUGUGAACGGUCCAGUCUAUGUAAACGGAGCCGAACCUGGCGACAUUCUCAAGGUUGAGAUCCUUGAACUGCAGACUGGUACUUGGGGAUGGACUGUUGUUAUCCCUGGAAUGGGAUUAUUGCAAGACGAAAUACCCGGACCUCAUGUCAUGACCUUUGAUCUUCCCAAUGGUCAAGAUUUUGCAGUGUUCAAGCCUGGUAUUCACAUCCCAAGACAGCCAUUCUACGGUACUAUGGGUGUGGCCCCAGCGGAAGGCGAGCAGUUUGCUCUAUAUCCGCGCAACGACAUAGGCGGCAACUUUGACUGUCGGUACUUGGGUGAAGGCUCAACUUUGUUUCUCCCAGUCAACGUGCCUGGAGCACUCUUCGCUGUUGGCGAUGCGCAUUUCUCCCAAGGCGACGGCGAGAUCUGUUGCACAGCGUUGGAGACGACGAUGCGCUCGCGAAUGCGAUUAAGUGUCAUCAAGGGCAAAGGGAAGUUGGCUGGCCCUCACUAUGAGACAAAUCCCGAGAGGGUGAAACAGAUGGUGAGCGUUGCCAGCAAGGGAGAGCACGGAGCGCUUAUGACGGGCAACGAUCGCGACACGGUGGUUAAACAAGCUGUCUGGGAAAUGCUGCGGUGGCUGGAGGAAGAAAAAGGACUCACUUCGGUGGAGGGUUACAUGCUGUUUAGUAUUGUUGGCAAUCUCAAAAUGAUGCAUGAGAUUGGGCUUGGCGUUUACACAGUGUCUGCAAGUAUUCCGCUGGGAAUUUUUGUCGACUGA